AUGUUAUCUUCUUCAGCAAUAUCAUAUUUUGUCGGUUUUUGGGCAUUUGCCUAUUUUAUAGACCUUGGUUUGUCCACUCAUCCCUACACGCGCCAGAAAUAUAUAGGCUUACGAGAGAGGGCAGGCUUUUCCAUCAACAUACUACAAGCCAAAGUUUUUACCCAAAAGCUCAACCCAUUCUUUGAGCGUAUCUGUGAGAUUAAUUGGUUUCCAUGGAGUUUAUGGUUUCUCGUUGGAACCGCUUUCUCAGCUGUUUUCAUGCUAUUGAGCAUCAUUGUAUUAUUCUUUCUGGCCUACAACACUAUAUUGCGAAAACCCAUUGAAAAACAGGUCAUUACACCCGUGAUGCCUGGUAUAAAUUUGCCUGUAAAUCAACUGGGCUUUUAUUUACUAACCUUACUAGUAUGCGUUGUACUACAUGAAGCAGGUCAUGCAAUGGCAGCUCUAAGGGAACGUGUUCGCAUCCAUGGAUUCGGCUUCUUUCUUUUCGGAAUCUACCCUGGCGCCUAUGUUGAUAUUAGUGAUACCGAUUUGAAUAGUCUUUCACCGAUGCGUCAGCUAAAAAUAUACUCUGCUGGCGUCUGGCACAAUGGUGUCAUCGUAAUUUUGAGUAUCCUCUGCUUCUAUAGUCUGCCUUGGAUACUAAGUCCCGCUUAUAUCGUUAAUCAUGGCGUGGGAAUUAUCGAUCUACAAGAAAACUCUGUUUUCUCCGGUCCUCGAGGUCUUCACUUGGGAGACGCCAUAACUCAGGUGAACACCUGCCCUGUCACCACUCCUGCUGAAUGGUAUCGUUGUCUACAGGAGGCCAAUGCCAAGCCAACAGGCUACUGUGUCCCCAAUAGUUUCAUCACCCAGCACCUUUCACUUCAAGCGGCGCCGGUUGCUACUGGUGGAGAUCAACCGGGUCUCCGCCAUCUCUCUGCUGUGGUUCCCCAGGCUCAGCAACAACAGGAGCAGGAGGAUCGGAAUGCGGAUUUGAAACAGCAUCAACAGUUUAUUAACGGAAGUGGAGUGGACUGCUGUCCAUCUCAUCUCGCCUCUACCCAUAUCUGUUUCACGCAUAUGGCCAGUGGAAUCAGUUCUAAAAAGCCCCGAUCUACUUGUCUUCCUGCCCGAGCAGUGACUGAGAAGGAGGCCUGCGCGGUUCCAUCGGACUGUGGACGUGUGGCCGACAGUCGCGUGGCGUGUCUUUUGCCAGCACCUCCAGACAACACCACACGCCUCGUUCGUAUCGUUCAUAAUCGCGCUCGUUCCCCUGCCGUGCUCUUUCUAGGACCUGUGGAGGAACUUAUGUCCGCUGUCCAGAUCUCCGACUAUGUGCCAAGGUGGCCACAAAUCACCCCCUGUCGAUUUCCCUACAUUAUUUCCACUUUUUGCCGGUACCUAUUUUCCCUCUCUGGUGCACUUGUCCUCUUCAAUGUUGUGCCCUGUUACGCUCUUGACGGGCAGGGAAUUUUCAAAUCCCUUCUGGAACUGGCUCUCCCAUCAUGCGUUUGCUCCCGUCAGAUUCGCCGCCUAAUAUUCUCCACAACCCUCUGGCUUGGCACCGGUCUCGUCUUCCUCAAUAUUGCCCUUGCUCUCUACUACCUCCUAUUCUAA